GGGGGGUUGUCUAUGGAUAUCCUCUGGGGACCUGACGACAAGCUCCUCGCCCUGGAUGCAGCAUCAGGAGAGACCGCCUGCGAUGGUAGAUGAUGAGUCAUCCUCGAGGCCAUGCCAGGCAACCCAGAGAACAUCCCCCUGGGAGAGUGCACCCUCUCCCAGUCGAAGGACCAGCUGACGCCCCCAAGCCGCACGGAGAGCACCGUGUUCAGCCUCUCACGCAGCGAGUCCCUGUGGACUACCGAGACGUCCCACAGCAAAUGUGAGGUCUUCUGGUACCCCAUCCACCUCAUGUCCACCGGGGGCAGCUUCCUGGCAUGCGGCAUCAUCAUCAGCGGCCUCUACUUCGCCGGCCACUGCAAGAGGGUCACCAACAUCCUGGGGCCGGCACUGGUCUCCAUUGGGCUGAUGGUUUUUGUGGUGGGCCUGGUCCUGAUCCCCAUCACCAAGGAGAACAGGAAGCAGUCGAACAUGAAGAGGCCCCUCAGCUACUACAGACCCCCCAUGUUCAAUCUGUGACCACGUUGGAGGGAUUAUUCUGCCAGAGAACUUCGCGUUUGGAUGUAAAUCUGAACGGAGACACUUUACCUUUAAGACGGCACUGAUUUGAAAUGACGCUUUUCAGCAUGGGAGUGUCAGUGGAACCUAAUUGUGAAAACUCUGCGUGUCUGUGACAUUUAUGUUUAUUCCUCUUGUUUACCAGGAUCGACAAAACAUUGCCCUUAUCUCAGUCUGAAGUGAGCAUGAAAACAUUUGCAUUUAUAACCGUGGCUGUCAAAAAGUAGGUGUGCGCGCGAGGACAACAAUGUGCUGUUUAAAAUCCAAUUAUGCACACAUUCACACUCAAUUUAGCGAUGAGAAUACUAGAAUGCAAACUGUGCCUAUUAGUAUUUAUGAGGGGAAAAGUGGACAUGGGGGAUUUCCUAAUGCUGAGUUGUGCAGUGUAUGCCAAUGCAUGAAUAAUUAAAGAUUGUGAGAGCUAAUGAUUGUCCAUUCAUGGUUAACUGUGUGUAGUUGCGUCCACUGAAGUCCUUAUUGGGACAAAAUCACAAGGAAGGCGGCUUUGAAUUUGAAUGCAUCCCUCUUCAAAUAUACAGUAUGUAAAAAAGAGAGAAUUUGACUGCUGUGACCUGAAAGUACAUUUUCAUGGGAUUUAAAUGUAUGACGUGCGCAGAAAUGUGAAGUAACCCCUUCAGAGACAUGCAGCUUCUACUGUAACGUAAUGGACACUAAAUAUUUAUUGUUGUCAGCCGUUGAACAUUUUUUAUGGCGAAACUCUGGUCUGUAAAGAGCAGCUUGGAUUUAAAGCAGCUAUAAUCAAUAUUCACAUGCCAAGAGAUGCUGCAGCCCAUUUAUGAGAAAGGUGCGGCUCAGAGAAUUAGCACGCCACUCUGCAGCUACUCUCAGCUCACUGCUUCUUUUUUCCGUCACCCCAACUUUACUGUUUUCAUUCACCCACACAAAUCACAUUGUCAUUUUGUGGAGCAGGAGAAAAAAAAUUAAAAAACAUGAUAUAUCUGCCCUCACCAAAAAGCCGACAGAUAAAGAUAAGAUAGAGGGUUUUAUUUCUCAGGAGUUUAGGGAUGUGACAGCUUUAGAUUAAUGGACCUGUUGUUGCACAUAGGAUGAAAGUCUUAUGUCAUGUUUCCACCCCGUCCUGACGUGUUGUUUUAACAAGAUUACGUUAGAAUUACCAUUAAACCUAAUGGGAGCAUGUGGUAUGGGUCAGGGAAGAACUCAUUUAAUUUAAGUGCAGAUCCGAAUCAGGGGGCGUAUCCGGGAUGUCAUUUUUAACUUCGUAUAGCAUUGCGGGAUAGGCCCUUUUUCAACAUUUUCUCUUCAGACCUUUUCAGAGGACUAACAUUUUUAAGUGUGUGAAAGUUGUUCUUUCACACAGACACUGUCGUCACAUGUUGUAUGUUAUUUGUAAUAUCCCCUAAUGGCUUAAAAAACAUCAGUCAAUGCAUUCAGUGUAUUAUAUAUAAAAAUGUGUACACCGGAACAUUGUAACGUAAACAUUUGUAAAGCCUA